AUUUCGAUCUCUGGUUCACGUCAUGAUCGGCUCUCUGGUAGUUGCAGGGGCGGUGCGCUGAGAAGUUUGCACGAUUGUCCUUCUCAAAGGGGUUGACACGAUUGUCCUCCCAACAGCGGAUUUUAGGCAAUUUUUUAGGUGUUGCUUUUUCAACGAAAACAAAGAACCUCGUAAUUAUCUUAGUAAAUGACCAUUAAUAUGAGAAAGAUCAACUUUUGGACAUCUUCGUCCAGAAAACUUUAACCUAAAUAUUAUCUUAAUAAGAUGAACAAAAGGUGUCUUGUCUUACUAUUUGAGGUACUUUCUUAUUGAUUUACAGAUAGAAAUGAUGCGGUGGAGAACUUGAAUUUGACAACUACAUAUUGCCGUUAGAUAAAAGAGAUCAUAUUCAGUGUAUGCAAACAAAGAGAAAGGGAAGGUGUCUCAGAUGCAACAAUAGAAAUGCUGGACUACGAGGCUGAAGGUUGAAAAUAGGUCUCGUCUGUCGCCGUGAGUGUUAUUGUUUGGGACAUAAAACUGCAAAAAGCAUAUCGACUCGGGGGAAAAUGCUCAUUACUUGGACUGCGCUCUUGGUGGAAAGGAAUCCAGUAGAUUGAAGUCUGGGACUACAGUUUCAGUUAAAGGAUUUUUAUUCAUUUGCAUGGGACACGCCAAGCCGCAGUAUUUUGUGUGUCUACACCUGUAAAGAUUUCUGUUCCCUGUGAUAACGUUGCACCAUGCCUGAGGGGGUGGGUCGUGGAGACCAGAGAAAACCCAGCGCCCAAGCUGUCCAGCGCCCCUCGUCUGUGUCUUCACUGAACAGCAUUGUGGGAAGGAUGGCCUCCAUAGAGCAGGCCUCCGGUGGCAGCUGUACCUCCGUCAACACUGUCUGCUCUGAUAGCGACCGAGCAGCUAGCUUAAGUUCCUCUGCAUCCUCUGCCUCUCUACAAGAUGGCCAAUCAUCCUCCUCAUCUUCCCUGCCUUAUGGGGCAACUCCCUCCUAUCCCCAGUCCCGACGCAAUGAUUGCGACAUCAACCUGGACCUCACACCUUAUUUUCAGCUACUAGAUGACCGUGGUCCAGGGACUGGGCGCAAUGUUCCCUGCUCUCCCGCUCCAAAACUUUCCCAUCUAGAGAGGGUGAUCCUGGAGAUUGUAGAGACCGAACAAGCUUACGUCCGGGACCUCAAGAGCAUUGUGGAAGAUUACCUGGGCUGCAUUGUUGAUUGCGGGGACCUGCCGCUGAAGCCAGAGGAAGUCAGCACUCUCUUCUGCAACAUUGAGGACAUCUAUGAAUUUAACAGCGACCUGCUGGAAGACCUUGAGCGAAGCUCCCAUGCAGCAGGCAUUGCAGAGUGCUUCGUAGAGAGGAGUGAGGCCUUUGACAUUUACACGCUCUACUGUAUGAACUACCCCAACUCAGUGGCUGUCUUGCGAGAGUGCAUGAAGAACGAAUGUCUGGUGGGCUUCUUCCAGGAGCGACAGGCCACCCUGUGUCACUCUCUACCUCUGGAGACCUACCUGCUCAAGCCAGUGCAGAGGAUCCUGAAGUAUCACCUGCUGCUGCAGGAGUUAUCUAAACAUUUUGACAAGAGUGACCCUGGGUAUGAGGUUGUGGAAGAUGCCACCAUCACUAUGACAGCAGUGGCCUGGUACAUCAAUGACAUGAAAAGGAAACAGGAACAUGCCGUCAGACUGCAGGAAAUCGAGAACUUACUUCUCAACUGGGAUGGUCCAGAUCUCAGUGGUUUUGGAGAACUAGUCCUGGAGGGCUCCUUCCGGGUACAAAGGGUCAAGAAGGAGAGGGCUUUCUUCCUGUUUGACAAGAUGCUCCUUAUUGCAAAGAAGAGAGCGGAACAUUUCAUAUACAGCACUCACAUCUUUUGCUGUAAUCUGCUUCUGGUAGAAUCCCUGAAAGACCCUUUGUGCUUCAAAGUGUCUGACCAGACCAUCCCCAAACAGCAACACAUCGUACAGGCAAAGAACCAGGAGGAAAAGCGACUCUGGCUGCACUACCUCAAGAGACUGAUCGUUGAGAACCACCCAGCCUCGCUGCCUCAGAAGGCAAGGCAGGUCCUUGGAGACAACUACAGUCAAAUUCUUCAGAUUGACCACGAGUCGGUUAAAAAAAUAUCCUCCUCACCAAGACCCGGUGAUUCACGAGGUCACCAACGAGGACGGAGGCAGUCAGAGCCUCCAGAGUUCAUCUACACGCCGGAGAAAGCAAAAAAGAGUCUCCCACUCUUGUUGGAAGGAAACCUUCCAUACCGUCGUGGAAGAAGGCAGUCAGCCCCUGCCAAGAAUAUUGAGGUCGUGUGCAAGCAGAGCGAUGCAUUAAAGUUAUUUGUGUGA